CGCUGAAGUUAUUGUAUUUAGAUAUUUAGUUUAACUAUUUAGUAUAUAUGCGAUUUUGAUGUAAAAUGCAGCUGUCACUGUUAACUUAAGGUGUUAAGUUUAAGAUGUAAAAAUAUCCACCAUUUUGAAGUUAAAAUGUCAAUAAAAAUUUUAUUAAAAUUAAAUAUUUUCUAGAUAAAAUGUCUACGGAGUGGGUUUGUGAGAACCAGCUUGGAUCUGGGGGAUUCGGUAUAGUUCAUGUCUGGAGAAAUAUUCUUACUAAUCAGAAAUAUGCUUUAAAGAAAUUUAAGUUCGGUUCGGAAACUCUUCUUACCGCCAGGCACAAAACACAAUGGUGCCAGGAGGUUGACAUAAUGCUGAGAUUAGAUCAUAUGAACGUUGUGCGAUGUUACAGUAUACCCCCUGGUUUAGACCCAGGUUCUACAGAUCUACCAAGUUUGUGUAUGGAAUAUUGUGAAUCCGGAGACCUGAGACGAUUACUCAACAAAAUAGAAAAUUGCAGAGGUCUGCUUGAAUCUCAAAUAUUACCAGUUCUGAAUGAUGUUACCUCCGCUCUUGGAUACCUUCACAAUAGACGAAUAAUUCAUCGAGAUUUGAAACCGGAGAACGUCGUUCUGAAAUCUACGCAGACAAGGAUGGUUUACAAACUGAUUGAUCUGGGAUAUGCUAAGGAGCUCGGGGUUUCUAGUUUAGCCAAAUCUUUUGUUGGAACUCUACAAUACGUUGCACCAGAACUUUUUCUAGAACAGGACUACACUAAAUCCGUAGACUAUUGGUCACUAGGACUACUCUGUCAUGAGAUCGUGACUGGACAGCGACCCUUCCUGCCCCAUCUCUCCCCUGGGCAGUGGGUUGACCAUGUGGAGCAGAAACUACAGAAUCAUAUUGCUGUUCUGGAAACUGUAGAUGGGAAGAUAGUUUACCAGGAGAAUCUAGUUCCGGAAACCAGAAUAUCCAGGAAACUGGCGCUUAGGUUAGAGGACUGGUUGCGAAGUUUACUUGACUGGAGUGCUGAGAGGAGAGGGCGGGAUACUCAUGGGAAUGUUGUCGUCUUCACACAGUUAAACAAAAUAUUAAGAGAGAAGAGAUUAGAUGUAUUUAAUCUACGGAAUAAGACUGUUCAUUGCUAUGCCGCCGAAACUAGUUUUAGCUUUAACCAUCUUCAGGCUCAAAUACUAGCUGAUACUAAUAUUAGUGCCGAAAAUCAACUUCUGUUAACCGACCAUGGAUACAAGAUAACGAGGGAGGAUGAUCUUGAUCAGUUUACGGAAGCUGAAUUGCCAAUAUUUCUAGUAGACAUGAGUUCAAUGAGUUUAAAGCUGAGUGAACAGUUGAAGUGUGUUCAGUUCCAGAUUCCAGUUUUAGUUCAGCAGUUUCUUAGAGACACUAAGCGAAGUGUGCAAGACUACCAUCUCAAACUUAUGAACGUCCAUGGAUAUCAUUUUAUUGCCCAGGAAUGUAGAACCCAUGAGCUGAUGGCUAUAGGACUGAAAACUCUGUUCUCUUAUAUCAAAACAGAGAUACAGGAUUUCUCCACACUCACAUUCUCACAGGAUUUGCAGAGGUUGGAGGCAAACAUGGAGUUCUUCACUUCAAGUCUUAAUCAUGAUCUUAGCAGGUAUGAUGAGCAGGCCCAGAAGAAGGACAGAAUUACCUCUGUGAAAAUGAUUGAAUCCUGGAAUAGUUCAAGAACAGAUAUUUUAUCUUCAUUAGAUACCCUCAGGACAAGAACUUGUAUACUAGAGGAGAGCAUCAAAACUGCAGAAACUGGAAUACGAGAAGUUGAACGGGAAACUACAAUUCUUGAUCCUCCAUCAGAUCCAGCACUCAAGGAGCUUGAGGGACGAAGUUUAAGGUUGUACGACGGUUUGCGGAGAGAGCGUGCUAGUAAUAGAGUAGAUACUACACCUAGAGAAAUAGCACAGAUUGUUGUACGAAUGCUGCGACGACGUGAUCAACUACUGAACAGUACAUGUUCUCUGCUGUGUAAACUACGGAGGCUUGUUGUUGACUCCCUUGAUAUUAAUCAAGCUGCUGGGGUUGUUAGCACCAGCUUUCAAACUCUUGGGGAGAGUUUAAUCAAAGCACAAACAAGAAGACAAUCUGAUAUUUGGACUCUGCUCGCUGCCGCAAUCAAGUAUUCACCUCAGAGCAAGGACGACAAGAAACCAAAACAAAGUGAUCAGCUGACAGUUAAACAUGAGAAGGAAGAGAAGCAGAAUGAUGCCUCGGAGAAUAAUAAUCUUGAUGGUAAAGAGAGUCUGAUGAAUUUACCUGGAAUUAAUGAAUUGAAUAUUACCAAGGAUGAACAGGAAACAGGCAGCCAAAAUACUAAGAUACAACUUGAUGUCUCAGAGUCAGAAAAACUAAUAGAGGAAAACGAAAAGAUCCGAACAUCUCUGGAGCAAAGGAUGAAAGUACUGGAGAAAUGCCUUCAGGAUUAAUUCAUAGAAUUAUUUUCAUUUUAUAAUUAAGUAAACUUAAAGGGAAGAGUCUGCGAUAUUAAAUCGCGGUAUUUUUCUUUAACAUGUUCGAAAAAAAGCUAUAAUAAAACAAUCCGCCCUUUUAGUGCCAUUAAAGGAUCAAAUAAUGUACAAAAAUGUUCUAGUGUGUAUGAAUCGUCCAAACAGCAUUCUUUAGUAUUUUUUAUAAACAAUUGUUGUAAGGGAUUGUUCCUAGUUUGAAAACAAUUAUUGUAAGGGAUUGUUCCUAGUUUGAAAACAAUUAUUGUAAGGGAUUGUUCCUAGUUUGAAAAC